AUGAAGUUCCUCGAAAGUCUUACAACGCUUCUCCUCCCUCUCGGAACCCUGGCUAGCACGGGCUACUUCUGCGAAAACACACCACACGUCGGUGCUGUGGCUCCCACCUAUGACUGCGGAAAACACUGUGGACUGGACAACUAUAACACCCAUCUCUCGACCUACCACUGCUGGGUGGAUGGUGAUGGCGCCAAGUCCUGCUUCAAGAACUGUUGCAAGCGAUCGGGCAGGGCAGUGGGUACUAUCUCGGGCCUUUAA